GAUGCCUUGCAUGUUCUCUGUGGUCUUUCACAGGAAAUGGUUGCUCGGUGUCUUAGGCAGGUUAGCGUGUGCAUGUUACUGAAACUCUAGUUGGUGCAGACAAGCUGAAACUUGAUUACUGGGCGGAUCCUCGUUAAGUCUCCCCGGUUUCUGUCACCUGCUGAACAGAGCCGAGCUCACCUGAAACAGUUCCUCAUCUUGCUGCUCACUCCAACGACCGACUUCAGCAAACUGCAAUGGCCAAGGCGACUUUCGCAGUGUUUCUGUUUUCUGUGGUGAUUUUCAAGACUUGGGCUAUAACCGUUGACAUCCCACUCUCAACCUAUGAAAUUGCCCGAGGUGACAACGUUACUAUACCCUGCUUCUUCAAAACGACAAAAACAGACAUCAAAGCAGUCACUAUCGACUGGGCAGCUCACCCAGAUGAUGAGAGUGAUCCAGAAAUUGUAGUCCUAUCUGGAUUUUUCCCUACAAAUGCUGUUCCCUCUAUUGAUGUAGGAGAGGGGUAUCAGGGAAGGGCAUCUUUGCAGUAUGACUUCACUAAAGGAAUAGCAGACUUGCAGCUCAGUUCAGUAACAUCAAAGGAGACAAGAGUGUUUCAGUGUAAAGUCAGCAUUCCUGGUGACAAGACAGGAAAACCUUCAGACACCACUAAGAUUGUGGUUUUGGUGGCUCCUUCCAAACCCAUCUGCAGGAUUGAAGGCAAAGCUGAGUAUUUCCAGAACAUCAGCCUGACCUGUAAAUCGGAGGAGGGCACCCCAACACCUACAUAUAAAUGGACAAACUUUGAUGUCAACAAUGCUCCACGACCCAGUCCUCCCAAGUCCACUGAUGUGAAUGGGGUUUUGUCACUUUACAAUAUCUCAGUGGACACAAGUGGUUACUAUAUCUGCACAUCAGCCAAUAAAAUUCGCUCACAGACCUGUAACCUGACCUUGGCCGUCAUGCCGCCCUCUAUGAACAUCGCAUCUACAGCAGGAAUAAUCGGCGGUGUUCUGGCUGUUCUUCUCAUCCUGGUGGUCGUUAUUUGCUGCUGCUGCCGCCGUAAGGACAAGGACAAGUCAGAGGAGUAUGACAUGGGGCUUCCAGCAAAUGCCGAAUAUACAGACAGAGAGCCUCAUGAGAUUGAAGAACAUCAAGAUGAGCGUGUCGAGAGCAAACCUGAGAGGAGUUCAAACCAACGUGACCAGUAUGAAGACCGUAGCGGGCAAGACUACGACCACCGUAGCGAUCGCUACUCUGAUCGGCGAGAUGAUUACGACGAUCGCAGGACGAGGUCCAAUGACCGGCUAAACGACCGCUACGAUGACCGCCGAGACGACCGCUAUGACGAUCGCCGGAGCGACCGCUAUGACGACCGGCGCAGCGAUCGGUACGACGACCAGCGAAAUGAUCGCCGCGAUCAGUACGACGAUCGCUAUGAUGACCGUCGCAAUUAUCGCCGUGACCACUACGAUGACCGUCGAGAUCGCUAGGAUUACCAUGAUGGCCAGUAGAAGGCUUAACUGCAGAUCUAAGAAAACCUACCAACAUUUUUUUAAGUAAUUGUAAUUUGUUUUUUUUUAAACGGUGUUGCAUUUAAAUAAAACUGCCAAAAGAGAGAAAUGAUCUUGCAUUAUGUGGACUAGCUGAAUGAAUUGAACCUGCUUUUCCAUGUACUGCAUGAUCAUGGUCUCCUGUGAUGAACAUGGCUUAUCUAAUCCUCAGUCCUUUAUUUAUAUGGUGAUUGUUUUAUUAGAGCCUCUGCAGAGCUCUGAGCAGUCUGGCUAAUUAUUUUAGAUGCACAAGUUGGCACUGUAGGAGAUGACCUGCUUUACUUUGCUGUAUGUAGUACUUAUCACCAUAGAGCCUAAAAAUGGCUUGUGGAUGCCCAACUGUGACAGAAGAAAGCUUUGUUGUUUCACAGUGAUUCAGACUCAGGUUUAAAACGUAUGAGCAGCUAUUGCCUGUGCUAUAAUGACCAUAAUCACAUCUUAACAAAGGCCAUCUCGCCGAACAUCAAAGUACUGUUUUUGAACUGCUCUGUACAUUUUUCCAUCCCUGUUGUCCCUUCUUCUUCUUUUCCACACUGAAUAAGUGCUCUUCUGUAGAUUUUCUCUUUUAUCUUUGUUUUGAUGUGUCAUGAUCUCAGAUGUAUUAAUGCAGUUUAUUGUAUAUUAUGGCUAUAAUUGUGUAUUUUAUUAAAA